AUGGCAGGAGAGUCUCAGAAAGCAAAAAAAGAAAGAGUUGACAAUUUACUAUCAAAUGUAGGAGCAUACCAGAAAAUAUACAAGUUGUUGUGCGACAACAAGACUGCCUUUAUUCAGAAAUUAAAGAGAGAUUUCAGAAGCGUGAAGUCCGAACUGUUCUUUGGUAAGUACAAAAUGAUAGAAAAAGUACUAUCACGAACACUCGACACAGAGCAACUUACUAGCUUAAGAGGUACUGUUGAAUACAAAAAGUCCGACAGAGUCUUCCUCUACCUUCUAUCAGACCUUCCCCAAGAGAAAGUACAGAGUAUAGUAGACAGAAUUAGUCACUUAGACUACGAAAAGGUUGGUGACACACUUUCUAGUGACAUUGUCUUACCAGUAGGAGAAUUAUUAAACGAAGAAAGCGUAAAGGUCUCAAACACAUUAUUUAAAGAAAUUGAGAAAUUAGGAAUCCAGAACAUUAUUAUUAACCCAAAGACAAACAGCAUAGAAGUAACAGAGCAAAUUGUGUUAGGAAGAAAAGGUGAGCAGAUGACAGAAGAACAAGCAAAAAUGUCAAAGAUUAUUGGUCUAAAAAACAAGAAACACGGUGCAAGAAUCGUUGGUUGUGCUGAUAUUCCAAAAGAAUAAAUGUUCUCUUAAUAGGAAUAUACAUAAUAAAAUCAAAUGAUUACUUAUUAAUGCAUAAAUGUCUGAAUAUUUACAGAUCCCACA